AACCUUAUUUCUCUUUUAUCAUCACUUCCUCCCGCCUCCCCCUCCCCUCCCCACCCCACCCCCAAAAAAAAAAAACAUCCACAGGAACGAAAACGAUAACAAUAGUAAAAAGCUGAAACGCUGUCGUUGGUCUACUUUUUAUUAUUAAAAGGUGAAGGAAAUAAUAUUCGAAGCCCGCGAGCCACGACGAUUGCCAUCUCAGAACCAUUGUUAGAUAAUAAAGAAGCUAAAAGAUGAGUGAAGUUUUCGAAGGAUAUGAACGGCAAUAUUGCGAGCUCUCGGCGAAUCUUUCCAAGAAGUGUACGGCGGCGGCUGCACUUGGUGGAGAGCAGAAAAAACAAAAAGUUUCUGAUAUAAGAGUUGGAUUGGAGAAUGCAGAAGAUCUGAUUCGGAAAAUGGACAUUGAGGCAAGAAGUUUGCAGCCAAAUGUCAAGACUAUGCUUCUUGCUAAGUUAAGGGAAUAUAAAUCGGACCUUAACAAUCUGAAAAGCGAAGUUAAAAGAAUUGCAUCUGGCAAUAUAAAUCCAGAUGCUCGAGAUCAGUUGUUAGAGUCUGGAAUGGCUGAUGCACUCACGGCAUCAACUAAUCAAAGAUCAAGACUAAUGAUGACUACAGAGCGGUUGAAUCAGAGCAGUGACAGAAUUAGGGAUAGUAGAAGAACCAUGCUCGAAACAGAAGAGCUUGGUGUUUCCAUUCUUCAGGAUUUGCAUUCGCAGCGACAGGCUCUCUUGCAUGCCAAUAACACGCUUCAUGGAGUGGAUGACAACAUUGGCAAGAGCAAGAGAAUUUUGACAGCCAUGUCAAGGAGGAUGAACCGGAACAAGUGGAUCAUUGGCAUCAUUAUUGCAGUUCUUAUCAUCACUAUUGCCGCUGUUUUAUACUUCAAACUUGUUAAAUAGGUAGUGGCAUUCUGCAUCUUCACCAUCUUGGCUCUGGGUGUUUCUGAGAGUGAUAAGUUUAUUUUGUCCUUGCAAUGUGCUUCAUUAAUCCACAGACUCGGUUUUAUUCAUUCAUUCAUUUCAGUUCUAUGUGGUGAACGUUAAGAAAGAGUUUCAGUCCUUGGAUUUGGGACUUCCUUUUAAAGAUUUUAUCAUUUAUUUGGAGGAUAAUGUGGUGUCAGACAUACAAAGAAAUAAAUGUUGUUUAUAUACAAUAUUGGGGUGAGGGUAAAUGGGUUGAAUUUAUGUCAAACAAGUGUUUGACAAAAAAUUUAAUUAUUGUUCUAUACAAGUCAAAACAUAAAUAUAUAUUAUCAUGGUUUUAGCAUUUUAUAUAAAAA